GCGUAUCUCGUAUGCCGUCUGUCUCUGUUUACCUGCAGCUGGUAAGAAGUAGAGAGGAGUUGAGCUAGAACUGUAGAGCAAUGAUAACACAUUAGGGAGGCGCAGUGAUGACAGUUUGAGAGUAAAAGUGAGUGUGUGCGAAGCAAACUCCAGUCAGAGCGGAUCUUGUACGUCAUCUGUUUACCUGCAGCUUGACAGGAAGAGAGUCCAACACUAGACUCUGUAUCAUAGGGAAGCCCAAAGAGUUUGAUAGUAACAGUGAGUGUAACUUGUUUGUUUGGACUACACUGUCUGGGACAAUGGAUGACUGCAUUUCCCAGAUGAAGCAGUUUGUGACUGAGCAUGCAACUGGACUGACAGUUUUCUUCAUAGCUGUAGGUGCUGGGCUUUUCGCACUGCGCAGACAUAUGGCUGGUGGCUGGUGUCACAGUAAAGCUCGACUGGAUGGCAAGACGGUGCUGAUCACCGGAGCGAAUACAGGGAUAGGGAAGGAGACAGCUGUGGACAUGGCCAGGAGAGGUGCGAGGGUGAUCCUUGCAUGUAGAGAUAUGGGCCGGGCGAACCGAGCUGCGGAUGAGGUCCGGAAACAGAGUGGGAAUGGGAACGUGGUGGUGAAGCAGCUGGACCUGGCCUCCUUGAAGUCAGUGCGCGCGCUGGCCGCUGAUGUUAAGGCCAAUGAGGAGCGUCUGGAUAUUCUCAUCAACAAUGCAGGGAUCAUGAUGUGUCCAAAAUGGAAGACAGAGGACGGCUUUGAGAUGCAGUUUGGGGUGAACCACCUGGGUCACUUCCUUCUGACCAACAGUCUGCUGGACCUGCUGAAGAAAUCAGCCCCCAGCCGAGUGGUCAACGUGUCCAGCCUGGCCCAUAGGAAAGGGAAAAUGCACUUUGACGACAUUCACCUGGAUAAAGACUAUGAACCCUUCAAAAGCUACCGUCAGAGCAAGCUGGCCAACAUUCUUUUCACCAGAGAGUUGGCUAGGAGACUGUCAGGCACAGGUGUGACAGCCUACAGCCUCCACCCAGGUCUGAUCCGCACUGAGCUGGGACGCCACGUGACCCAGUCCCUGCCCCUCUGGAAGCUGAUCAUGUAUUCACCUCUGAUGCUGCUCAGGCCCUUCAUCAAGUCAUGUGAGGAGGGAGCACAGACCACCAUCUACUGUGCUGUGGACGAGAGCCUGCAGAAUAUCAACGGCCUCUACUACAGUGACUGUGCCCCAAAGCAGCCAGAACUUCAGGCAUGUGAUGAUGCUGCUGCUAUGAAACUCUGGGACAUCAGUGCCUCCAUGGUGGGACUGGCCUAAGAAAAGACACUCCCUUUUUACCACACACACACACACACACACACACACACACACACACACACACACACACACACACACACACACAUAAGGCUUAGAGAAGACACAUUCUCUCUCUCUCUCUCUCCCUCAGCCACUCACACACACUCCCACACAGAGUCAUACAUAUUCCCAACUUUAUCCACAUUCCAUGCUCAUUCUGUACACGGCAUACACACCAUUGGCAUGUUUAUUUUAGCACGUGUGUUUUACAAAAGGUUGUAAAUUUCAUUACUUUCUGACUAUAUGUUGCCUUUCUGAUUUCUCAAGCGGUGGCAUUACAAUUACCCUGGAAAUCCAGAGUUCUCGCGAGAUCACAGUUUGAAUUGUCUGCAAGAUACUCUGCAGUGAGCAAUGAUGCAUGUUACUUCUACCGCUUGCAUCUGCGGGACCAAUCAAAUCGGUGCAUCUGAUAUGCGGGCCAGAGGCGAGCUAAACUGAUGACGGCAGCGCUGCAACGUUCGAAGUCAGUAAACAUUGGUCGUAGUGUCAUCCAAUUGUCUCGAAGUCCGUAAUCAGUCAGAGUAAACGUUGGUCGUAGUGUUAUCCAAUUGCGUGCAUUGAGAUUUUCAAAUGCAUGCAUGGUGCCGCCCCUCGAGUCGGGCCAUUACAUUAUUCGUGGCCAGGGUCUGGAUUUUCCAGGCUAAUUUCCAAUACCAACAGAUACAGUUUUGAUACUGUGAUGGUGUAAUCAGAACAGUCCAGCAACAUAAAUAAAUAAAUAAAUAAAAAGAGUCUCAGUUAUUUUA